AUGAGAAGUGCGAAUAUGCAACAAAAAGUAGUCACCACAGCCAUCAUGGCGAUAUUGGAUUCAUCGUCAUCUGAUGACGACGAAUUAGAUAUUGCUGUAUUGCACAAAAUUAGACGUAGAAUUUGCUUGCAAGGAAUCUGCAAUGAAGAAAAAAAAUUUAUCAAUACUUUCGUAGGAUAUCCGGGCUCCUGCCACGAUAGCUGGGUUUUUCAGAACUCACCUAUCUACAACAAGCUACCCUCGUAUUGUGGCGAUUAUUACAUUCUUGGCGACUCAGCAUAUCCCUGCAGCAAGUACGUUAUUACUCCAUACAGAGACAAUGGCCAUCUUACACGGGCUCAGAAAACAUUUAAUUAUAAAUUGAGCACUGGUCGUGUUGCUAUUGAACACACUUUUGGUAUCCUAAAACAAAGAUUCAGGCAGCUUUAUUUUUGUAAAUUGAAAGGCAUGGAAAAGCUUUGUCAUUUUAUAAGGGCAUGUUGUGUUUUACACAACAUCGCCAAUGAAGACGAUCUUGAUUUUGAAGAAGAGAGAACCACAGAACAAACCAACGUAUUUGCAAAUCAGGCCGACGGCCCUAGAGGAAAUGCUUUUCGAGAUGCUAUUUGCCAAAACAUUCAACAUAAUCUAAAUCAGAACCCUUAGUAAAUAAAGUUGAAAAUUCAAUGCACUGUGGAUGCAUAUCGUCACCUGAAAUGCAAAAGGCCAUGACUGAUAAAAAUUCCAAAAUUUCUUCAAAUUACAAGUCCUCAUAUAUAUAUGUACAAAGUUUUACGCAAAUAAAAUUCUUAAAUACGGCAUUUUGCAUCUCAAGUGACGAAAUGUAAGUAGUUUUAGAUUUGGCAUACAUAUGUAUACAGACAAUCAAAAAAGUUAAGAUA